GUUUUUUUUGCCGUCCUUCCCAUUGAGCUUAUCGGUUUCGGUCAACCGCUACACCUGCCCGCAGUUUCUCAAAUUUCUCCUCUCACAAGAACACAACAUGGAUGAUUUUGACAUGCUGAACGCACCCGCCGCUGGAAACGGCGUCGGCUCGGAAGAGGACCCCGCCGCCGCGUUCUUGGCCCAGCAGGAGAGCGAAAUCGCAGGGAUAGAAAACGACGAAGGCUUCAGCAUCCUGGACAGUGGAGAGGUCCCCUCGUCGCUGGGAGACUCCAACGACGGUGCUGUCAACGGAGAGCUUUAUGGGGAAAGCAACGGCCCAUCAGACGCCUAUGCAGCAAUCUCCAAUGCAGACCGGCUGCAGGCCGAACCUGAGAGCCUACGCAAGUGGAGGGAGGAGCAAAAAGAGCGGCUGGAGUUGCUAGAUGAUAACUCUCGCAAGCAGGAGUCAGAGUGGAAAGAGAAAGCCAAGGUGGAGCUGGAAGAGUGGCACGCCAGGCAGAACGAGCAGCUGGAGAAAACCAAAACCAAUAACAGGGUGCUGGAUGAAGACUUCUACAAGCAGCCCUUCUCUGAGCUCAUUGGUUAUGUCACACACAUUAACCAUCCUUGCUACCGCCUAGACCAGGCGGCUGAGGAGGCCAUGAUUUCAGAUCUGGACGAGAGCAACCCCGGCACGGAGUGGGAGCGGGUGGCUCGACUCUGUGACUUCAACCCCAAGUCCAGCAAGCAGGCCAAAGACGUGUCUCGCAUGCGCUCCGUCCUCAUCUCCCUGAAGCAGUCCCCACUAGUCCGCUAGGCAGCCUAGCCUGCUCAGGGUGUCAUUCCAUAUAAUCCUGUCUCAUGACGUACCAACCAACCCUACUACCGAUGUCCCACCAUCUGCAUUCUGAAGACAAGGGGACUUGCAUUCCUUCUGUCCAUACCGGUUUGCCAUGCACAGCCCUGUGGAAGGAUAUAGCCAGUGGUCCUACCCUUAUCUAUCUCCUCCUGGCAGGGCUGUAGAGAUUAGCUUUGAAACACCAGCUCACCAUUGUCUGCCCCCUGAAAGGUUUUCAUCUGUGUGACCUCUUCCGCAGACAAAUCAAGACCUUGUAAUUCCUCUUUCUUGUUGUUUAAUAUCCCGAGAUCAACUCCUAUUAGAUCGACACAAGUUGUCAUGGUCUGUGGUAUUGUGUAACACUUGUGUAAGGGUGGUGAGUUUGGACACUAAAAGGGAAAGGUUCAUGUUUGUUUGUACAACCUGCUUCACAUGGCCCCCAAACAAUAUCAUUCCCAUGAUACUGUACUCUUAACUUAACUGUCCUCUGACCUAUGAGGGUUGAUUGAUGUUAGCUGGUUUCAUUAACCCUUUGCCCUCCAACACAUCGCCUCAUGUUUUCCCAUCCUUGCAAAAAAAGUAUCUUCCUAAAAAAAAAAAAAAAAAAAAAUAAAAAAAAAUAUAUAUAUUUUUUUUUUAGGACCAAACUCUUAAAACAAAACUCCAAAUUCAGUGUGUACUUUGAACAGUGUGUGUAGAGCCUGCUUGUGGCAUAUUGUGUUAAAUUUUCCAAUCUAUGCAUUUCCUUUUGAAAAGCCUCUCCCCUCUCCAGUCAGGAACUGUCCAAGUCAUUACAAUAAUGUAUACUAAUUAUGUGACCUGUUUGUAUGUGCGUUUAAACCUCAACUGUGUGUGUGUGUGUGUGUGUGUGUAUAUGUACUCUAUGCGUGUACCUAUGUACAUAUACAGAAGGCAUUAUAUAUACAGUAUAUAAAAUGUUUCACUGAAAUUAGACCGUUGUGGUUUUAAAGAUAAAUACAUAUUAGCCAGCUGUUGCUUGACCAUGCGUGUUCAUUGUCCAUUUGAUUUCAGUAUCAGUAAAAAAGUGAAUGAAA